GCAUAUCAUGGUAAUGUGAUUUUAAAUUUGAAGAAUUAUUGCGCCAUACUAAAUAAUGGAAUAGUUAAGCGAGAAACAAGGAAAAGAUUAAAAGGCCAAACAGAGUGAAGACAUGGCCGUCGAGUCAGCCAAUCAGAGCGCGAGAAAAUAAACACGUUUGUCACAGGAGUAGCGCGGUCUCUGACGUAGUUCAUCCGCACCCUUUGGAGUCGCCGGAUCACGUUUUCCCAUCUCUAAGACGGACUCCCGUUGAAGGAAAACACUCGCCAACAAAAACCACCAGCGAGAGAAAAUGGAGGGUAAUAAUCUGAAUGAAGCAGGUUAUGGACGUGACCAGCUGCAGGCUACAUGGUACAAGGCAGUCAUCGGUAGUGAUGAUCAGGAAGCAGAAACGAGAUACGUAGAACCUAACAAGAUAAUGCUUCAUCAAAACUCCUAUCCUCAAUACCCACCGCAGAACAUUGUACAAGAACCUGUACAAAAUUAUCAGGAUUAUCUUCUUAUUCAAAGUACCAUUGCCUGUCAUGGAGUAGGAACAGAGCUGGUUGAGAAUCCUACUGAUAUCCCAAAUAAUCAAUUUAAUCAAUAUAAUGAUACAAAUUUCUACAAUGAACAUAUGCAACGAGGAAUUAAGCAAAGUCCUGACGUCUCAGAUUCACAAAUUGUUAACAAGGACGGGAAUUCAGUGUCAUUCAUGCAGAGCCAUCCGAAUUCUUAUAGCAGUUAUGAUCAAGUAUCUAAUCAGCAACUUGUACCACAACCCGAAGUACAGCCAAUGUAUGCUUCUACGGUGUCUGAAGGCUCUGAUAUUGAUUAUCUAAUUGUUAUACCAACUGGAGUAGGAACAGAGCUGGUUGAGAAUCCUACUGAUAUCCCAAAUAAUCAAUUUAAUCAAUAUAAUGAUACAAAUUUCUACAAUGAACAUAUGCAACGAGGAAUUAAGCAAAGUCCUGACGUCUCAGAUUCACAAAUUGUUAACAAGGACGGGAAUUCAGUGUCAUUCAUGCAGAGCCAUCCGAAUUCUUAUAGCAGUUAUGAUCAAGUAUCUAAUCAGCAACUUGUACCACAACCCGAAGUACAGCCAAUGUAUGCUUCUACGAUGUCUGAAGACUCUGAUAUUGAUUAUCUAUUUGUUAUACCAACUGCUGCUCGGGAGGCUAAUGAUUCUGAAGUAUGCCGCGAAUCAGACCAACACUGUAUAAAUAGUGAUGCAAUCAAUGCACAUAAUCUGAAUCUACCACAACCAGAAGGACGGCAUAUCUCUAAAACUAAGUAUUCACUACAUGGUGGACACUUAAUUUCUAGCAGUGAAACAUUGGACAAGUUACUCAGUUCUACUUUCCCAGAAGAAAGUGAUACCUUUUUGGAAAAUGAGCUAUGGGUUAAGCUAAAACAACCUAACGAAGGUCUUAAACAAUUCCUACAUAAGAAUUGGCCUGAAAUCUUAAGUCGCUUGCCCAAUCCCCGCCCAAAGAAAAAAGGUAAAUAUGACUGGCAAGAAAAGGAACCUGAGAAUUUGAAGAGAUGGCUGAAUGUUAUCAAGGCAAAGUAUUCCCGUGUUAUGAAAACGCCAGUCGAAAUCCCGACCACUGUAAAGGAAGGCAGAGUAUGGCAGGAAAUAUUUACAGCCCAAUGUGAACAAACCCAAUAACCAACAUCUGCCAGACCAAGCCUCAAGUGCUUUGCAAUUUGAUGGACCCAGAAAAAACAAAACAGUAGAAUGCGAAUUUGAAAGCAUAAGAUUGGUCCAACUGGAAGCUCAAGACCAACAUUAUGCUCUGUUGACAGAAUAGAUUAAAGAAAAGGCUAAUAACUAACUAAUGAUAUGAGCUUCAGUCACCACAUUGAGCUGGCAGUCAAUAAAGGAAUUAUGAGUGGAUGGAUGAUGAGACCUUUUUAGACGAGAUUCAGAACACAUACUGCCACAAUAGAAAACACUAGUAAUUCCAAGAUUUCAAUAUCAGUGUCAAGUAUGGAAUUCAUGGUUUAUAACGCAUACUAUUGCUAGAACAAAUUCACUCGGAAAUUAAAUGUUGGGAACGACAUAAACAACGGAAAGAUACUUCAUGUCAUGUGUAUAUAUCAUUGAAAACUUCAUCAAAACCGAGAGAAGUAGAAUAAUUUAGUUUAAUUCCAUUUGUUACAAUGGUUAUUCUUGGAGUGACCGGCUGUGUUUCCCUGUAAGAGAUGACCGGGGUAACCAUCCACUGGUAGCGAAGAAUCUGAUAACGGUUCAGCAAAAUCUUUAGACAAGAAUGCUACCACUGCACCACAAUGAAUCAUUGUAACACCAUAUAAAAAAAAGAAUGUAACAUUGAGGGAUAACUGCUCAAGAUUCCCUAUUAAGAAAAAUCUGUGAUCAAAGUUUUUGUAAUUCAUGGGCUAAGUCUACUGAAUUCGGUACCAGAUGGAACGUUAUAACUGGUAGUGAGAUUUCAAUUCAUUAAGUCCAGUUCUUCGUAAUUGAAAGAUGAGUGGUCUUCCAGAAUGGUAUAUUUAGUUUUUUAUUAUUAAUUUUCUCAUUAUUGUAAGCCUUCCCUUAAAUGUUUAUGAUACCACCUAAUACCAAAUGGUGGCAAUACUUUUAGGUACUGAUAAUAUACUUAUAUUUGUAUGCACAUUUUCCAUUUGAUUUUGC